AUGAGUCCGGUGCCCGGAGCUUCGAUGUUUCGCUCAAGCAACGAUCAGAGGUUGCCUCGUGACAUUGGUCAGAGACGUGGCCACAACACGAAAGCCAUAACGAAGUAUGACCUCUCUUCCCUUCUGGAUGAUUCGUCGAUUGGUGUCACCUUUUGGGACACCUGGGGUAUCUGCGAGGGCGAGACUUGCCAAUUCCGAGAUUUUUCAGAAGCAUUUCUCCAAAACUUGACUGAUGGCAAAGUCCCGGAUGGCUUUCAUCUCAAGGAGUAUGAUGCACACAAAGGUAUCUUCAAUGAGAUCAACGGUCACCAGAUGUUCUCGGAAGCUCAUCGCAUGCAUGGUGUCUUGUUCUUCAUGAGGUACGAGCAUCCACCAUGGUGGUCUUAA